AUGCAUGUGUGCUGGCUGAAUUUAAGUUUUAUUUCCUUACUUUAGUGAUUCAUGGUAUGAUUCCUUGCACUGAUUUGUUUCCUCAAUAAUAAAUUCCACUCUGUUGCUUACCCUCCAAAAAACCCACCAGAUCUAGCUAUAAUAGUCUGAAACUAGGGUGUUUUUCUCUUGAUGUAGUAUAUUUAAUUGGAAAAAAAUUGGUACUGGAGACUUGCCAUUCAGUGUUUCUGCACAGCAUCUCAUUGGGAGCUGAUGUUUGGUUUCAUCUGAAUACUGAAUUUGUAGACUGAUUUGUUUCAAGUGUAUUAAUCAUUUCUUAUUUACGAAAAUAAAAUUUUAAACCCAAAUUAGUUAAUAUAUCUUGCCCUAUUGGAUGCUUGAAUGUAAAUAGUGGAGUUUUCAGAAGACCUGGGAGGACAACAGGCUGACCAUGAGCCAACAAUGUGCUUUGCAGCCAAGAGGACCAAUGCCAUCCUGGGGUGCAUGAAGAAGAGUGUGGCCAGCAGGUCCCUCUCUACUCUGCCCUGAUUAUGUCUCUGUGAAUGUCGAGGAUGAUGUUGAAGCACUGAUUAUUGACCACGGAGAAAAUGGACUGUCCACACAAAGCUGCAUGCCAAUGGAACAAAACUCUGAAGUAAACAAUGUUCACCAUGUGGCUCAACUUGCCUAUGGAAGCGAAGGCUUAUCAGUGCUGGCUGACCAAGUGGCAUCACAAAUGAGCCAUUCUGCAAAUAUGCAGCGGGGAAAUGGGCACAGCCCUGAAAAAAUGGAUUUUGUGUUUUCACAUAAUAAAAGAAAACGACUUGCCCCUCCUUUAGUGGGACAGAAUGUGAUGAGAACGAGGGAAGGAGAAUAUGAAGAUAGUGAUGGUGUAAUUUAUGAGUAUGAACCAGACUAUGAAUGUGGGAGUAUUGUAUCUGAAGCUUCCUACACUGAAGCCUCCUACAGUGGACAUCAGCAGAAAACUCUUAUGGAAGUCCUCAGUUAUUGCCAGGCCAUGUAUGAUGCAAUUCAGAAACUGGACAAAAAAUUUGACCUGCUUUAUCGGAAGGUCUCAGAAAUGCAGCGUACUCGUGUAAAGCCCCUGUUGCUCAAACCUAAACCAGUUGGAUUUACAUACAGAAGUUCCAGUCAUUUGCCUCAAGCAAAAAUAAGAGUGCAAAAAAGCAUGGAAAGGGAAUCAGGUCUUCUCCCUUCAUCAAGCCAGGGAAGGCAUAGCCCAGUCAUAAGGGUUGCUUUGCAGAAUGGGCAUCCUCAGGUCAAUUCCCCAAUGAAACAUGUUCCACAGAGCCUUCAGUUUGAAUUGCAGCAGCCUGUUCAUAGGCAGAGCCCACCACUUCCCACUAUAGUUUCUACACAUUCAUUACAUUCAUCAUACAGAGCAACAAAUGGGAUGCCUGACCUUUCUCCACGAUCAAAUCUUGUAGCCAGUGUUGUGGAAAGUACAGUCAAUGUUGCAUCUUCACCAGUGGCAUCAUCAUCGGCGCCAGCACCAUCUGAGACUGAUUUGGGAAAUAAGGCUGCGGUGGUGAACUACAGAAAUGCGUCUGGGGGUGUGAACAUCAGUAGAGAAAUACCAUCUUCAGCCUCCAUCAAUCCUAGCUUUGAGUUUGUUGGUGACCCAGUGAGAAAUGUAAAAGUUCUUGGCAACUAUUUGAUGAAGGCUCGGCAAAAGACGAAGCCAAAGUACGCAGCACGCUACUUAGUUCGUGUCUUGUUCCCCAAGGAGACCUUACUGUGCAGCAUUAUGGGAGUGAGUGCACGAGGGCGCAGGACAUUGGACCCAAACAAAACUGCUGCAGUAAGAGAAUUUCUUGCAACUAACUUUCCAAGCUAUGAUUUGACUGAGCACGGAAAAGACUGGAAAACCUGUAUCACAAAUGUCAAUGCUAUGAUCCGCUGUUUACGCUCUGAAACAAAAAUAAACCCAGAGGAAGCUGAAGGGAAAGAAAAAGUGUCUGAUGCUCCAGAUGCAUCUCAUUGUGUAGAUUUAAAUUAUAAUGAAGAUAGUGAAGGCAGUUCUCAAAACUCUCAGAAAAUUACCAGCUCCACAACUGACACAUUGCAGAAUUCAGGAUUGGAUAAGGUUCCAGAAACUUUCCACACACCUUCCGUCAAGAAACCACAGUCUUUGGAACCCAUGGAACAUCUUGGCAGUCCAUGGCGCAAUGUUCAGUUGCCUUUCUCAGUCAUUUAUGUAGCUAAGGGGAAGUCUCGGCCAGAGUUGUCAGCUCGCUACCUAAUUCGUCAUCUGUUCACUGAAGAUGUGCUGGUAAAAAGCAAUGUAUAUGGUAAUCUUGAACGUGGAAUGAGCCCACUGGACUUCAACAGAAUUAAUGCUCUCAGAGACUUUCUUCAAGAGAAUUAUCCAUCGUUUGAUCUAAAGGAAACUGGCUAUGAUUGGAAGGCGUGUGUGGCUGCCAUAAACAGCACAAUCCGCAGUCUCAGGCAUGACCAUAAAAAGGCUACGGUUGGAAUCCGCCGGAAAGUCUCGGCAGUGCCAUCAAGUGCAAAGAGUCUUCCACAGAGUCCCACUUCUGUGAAGCCAUUUGAAAGUGACACUAUCAAUCUCAUGGACUGAAGCUCUCUAACGUGUGUCUCAAAUCUUAAUUUAGCAGGUUUUUAGAAAUCACAUGUAGAAGCCUAUUAUAUUGAGUUGUCCUACUCUACUGAGUUGUCAGCAGCACUAAAUAGUAUUACUUCAUGAGAGCAAAGUUUGCAGAAGACUUGAGAACUGUAACUUCUUGUAUAAGUAGUCCUCACGUUCCUUGGAAAUUACUUCCACUGUUCCCUGUAGCAUUUGCAAUGUACUCACUCCUAAAAGCACUUUCUUGUGAUUCAUUGACUCUGAAUGAUUAAUCUGAGUACAAAAGAUGCACUGUGCAUCUAGUCAGCAGAAGCAGAUAGAAAUGUGGAGAGGAAAGAAUGGCCCUGCUUGGGCGGAGACUCAUAGCCAGCUAAACUGUCUCAUUAUGUGGGAGGACAAUCGGAUAUUUUAAGCCAUAAUAUCUAAUGUAGAAAGGAAAAAAACAAACCUGCAUGUAGCUAACUUGUUAUAUUUCUCACUUUUUUUUUUUUGCGUGCUGUAGCAGUCGUUGCUGUAGGAUAAGGCAAGAGGCAGACAAUAAUGUAAGUACAGUUAGUAAUGUUUUCUUUGCUCUGAAUUAGCUCUACAAAAGCACAAAAAAAAGCAUCCACAGCAAACAGUCCUUAUUAACUCCUCUGUCACUUGGAGGAAGAAGUUAUUGUCAAUGAUAAAUACUCAUGCCCUUGCUGUUCCUUUAUGUCCACACAACACUGACAUUUAGUAGUGCAAAUUUGGAAAAUUACGUGGAUGUUGAACUAAAAAAUAAAUAAAAAUUAAUAACUAAAUAUAUUCAAUUUCACAUCUCCCUCAGUUUCAUUUUAAGUUGAAGUUCAACAGCAGUAACUGUCAGAAGUUAAUGCCUUUUUUAUGUUGGGUGGGUUCUUUGUUGUUUGGGGCUUUUGGGGGGUUGUUUUGUUUUGCUUCGUUUUCAAAAGAGGAAGUAUUUGGUAUAUUUCCGUUACUUGUAUUUCCAGCAUCCGUCACACAGUCCUCUCACUUUUUCCGUGUUGGCUAACUGGCACGUUGUCGUGGUUUGACUCAGGAUAGGCAAUUAAAGCAGGGACAACAAUGCUUUUGAUCCCCUCCCCCUCCUACCCAGGUAGGGAAGGAGAGAAAGAAUAAGGAGAGAGAGAAUAAAGGAGAGAGACUUUCUGGAUUGAAAACUAAACUAGACAGCUUUAAUGAAAGACUAAUGAUAAAAGAAAAUAUGUACAAAUACAUACAAAUAGGUUCAGGAAUGUGCAAAACCCUAUCACUGCCCCCCGCCCCCAGCAACUCCCACAGCAUCUCCUGAGCUGUGAGCAGUCCCAAAACAUCCCAGAGCGCUGCUGGAGAGAGCGGCAGAGCAGACAGGAGCUGAGGGCAGAGUUAAUGACAGUCAGGAACACAAGUCCAGGGAUCAGUGGUGAUGGAUAGAUGGAGUCCUCCUUGGAUGCCGGCCAUGGAUGGAAAAGAAGGGGAGACAAAGCAGGAAGGAAAUUGUCUUCUGUGAUCUCUGACCUUAUACCGAGCUUAUGUAGAUACAUGGAACAGAAUACUUUGGUCAAUGUUGCUGUCCAUCUAGUCCACUCCUCCCUAAGGGAGAGUUGCAGAUAGGACUUUUCUGCUCCUUUAGCAUCUGAGGCCGCAGAGCAAAGUGACCUUGAUGUCUCAGCAGUAACAUAAACAGUCCAGCAUUAUCAGUCCACUAGCUGGAAAAAUUGUUACUAGUUAAAAGAGAGAUUGCUGAGGGAAACAAAAAAUCAAUAAAAGGAAAAUUGGCUUCAUCCUGGCUCAAACCAGGACACACGUGAACUUGCCUUACCACUUGCAUUAUGUCUGAGUGUAGAAAGAAGCUUCUGAGAAGACUGACACAGGGAACCAGUUUCAAAUCUGAAAGUUGAUGUAACUGUGGCUUGUAAAACUAUGCCUGUGUACAUAGCAGAAGAAGAUUUUUACUUAAUUUGUCUCCUCCAAGGCAAGGGUUUCACAGUUUGGUUUUUUUUGUUAGCAGUAGGAUAAAAUAGUGAAGUUACUUGUUCUCACUUUAACUUCUUUCCAUAGCAAACAAGCAGUGUUUAUUAUAUACAACAUAAGAUCAGUUUUUUUCUUGCAAGUUAGGAUACAAAGAGGUCUUAUCAGAUAUGAAACUAGUAAUGCAAGUUUUCCCUACCACCUCCUUUUGGAAGUCUUCUGUAGGUUUUAAGAAAUAGGCUGAAUUUCUGAUUUUUUUUAAUUUUUUUUUUACUACAAAUGUUUUACUGGAAACUUGGUUAUUCUGGUUUACUGCUAAUAAAUUCUGCUGUUACUGUUCUAAA